ACAAAACCACAGUACCGUUUUCAACUUACUUCAUCAUCUCAACAACUUCAAUAUCUAUAUCACCUACAUCGACAUUCAUCGUUGUUUCGACAUCAGUCCCCCUUAGCGAUCCUUCUGAUAAACCAGGCGCAAAACCAUAUGAUCCAAAUACUCCAGCGAAGUCAUUUGAUGUAGUCAUGGGACUGAUUCUGCCCAGUGUUACCGCAGAUAUUUCCAAUCCCAACAGUGCAGAAUAUCAAGAAAUUAAAUCAUCAAUUGAAGCUGGGAUCGCCGAAACUUAUAAGUCAAAUACAGACUUUGCUUCUGCUGUACUUAUCAGUUUAAAAUCACUGGGAGUAAACAAAGUGUAUGCUGCCGUAAAACGAUCUACAACAACAGAAGUUACAGUGGAAGCUACAGUGAAGAUUGAAUUCAAAGUAGAGGCAACCGGUCAUUUGGCUGCUUUGAAUGAACAAGUCAAGAGUGGUAGCUUGGGUGAAUUAAAAGUUCAACCUAAGUUAAAAGCAGCCAUUGUAAGCGAGUACAAUCCGAUCUCCUGUCCAGAGAUUUGUAUUGAUACAACCAUAUGUCAACCUUCAUGUCCUGCCAACUGUUGUGCUCCCUCUGUAUCUGUUUGUCAGCAGCCAUCAUGUCCAACCGCAUGCGCUCCGGGCUGCACUGACGCUUGCUGUUCAAUUGGGCAGAGACGAGUUCGUCAAAAGUAUUAACUAUUGGGUUGAAUUUAUUUUAAAUGUAGAGCUCAUAUAGUAGUUCUUAUGACAGUAAACUCUUCGUAACUUAACUGUUCUUAAUCCAGUUGACAAGAUGUCAAUUGAAAUACACUUAAAAACAGAACCUUAAA